AGGUGCUGAAAGGGUUACAGCUGGGAGGGUUAUAACUCCUCCCAACCCCAGUGGACACUCGGUCCCUAAGCAACGUACCCUGCCAGCCAGGACGCUGACUUGUGGCGCCGGGGCAGAACUCUGCAGACGCCCGGAGGAAACAUCCAGGGUAGCACAAUCUCUGAAGCAAAGCCACAGGGGUCAGGUUUGCAGUUCACCCAUUAUGGAGGCCACCAAUGCCGUUGAGAAACUUCGAGCAAAGUGCCUGGAACGUGGGGCAUCCGGUAUCAAAGGCCUGGCCAGGUUUUUUCGCCGACUAGAUGCCAACAGGAGUCGGGCCUUAGAUGCAGAUGAGCUGCACCGGGGCCUAGAGGAGAUGGGGCUGGCACUGGAGGCUGGGGAGGCUGAGCAUAUUUGCAAGCACUGGGAUCGUGAUGGCAAUGGGACCUUAGACCUGGAGGAGUUUCUUCGGGCCCUACGGCCUCCCAUGUCUCAGGCCCGGAAGGACAUCAUCGCGGCUGCCUUUGCCAAGUUAGACAGAAGUGGAGAUGGCAUAGUGACUGUGGAUGACCUUCGGGGCAUUUACAGUGGCCAGAGCCACCCUAAGUUUCAGAGUGGCGAAUGGACAGAGGAUGACGUGUUCCAGCACUUCUUGGACAACUUUGAUGCUGGUGACAAGGACGGGCAGGUCACUGCGGCAGAGUUCCUGGAUUAUUACAGUGGUGUGAGUGCUUCUGUGGACACAGAUGAAGAAUUUGUAGCUAUGAUGACCAAUGCUUGGCGACUGUGACUGAUGCUUCCCGGAUCGAAGGGAAGGAACAGAGGGCCAGCCCUAGACUAGAGUAGAGCCAUUGUCCCCGGCCCUGCCCCCACCCCUGCCAACUCCUUGAGAGAAUCCUAUUUGGAAAGGCUUCAGUGUCCCUGAAUUUGGAGUUAGAGGAAACACAUUCAAAUCCUGACUCUACAUCUUUUUGAUCCACUCAAAUCAAAGUCCUCUCCCUUCAGUUUCCUCCUUUAUAAAAUGGAGGGGGGGGGGGGAGUCAGAGGGUCAAAGGGCCAUUGAUGCAAUGGAACUCCAUGAGACCAUCUAGUUCAAUCCCUUCUUUCCAGAUGAAAUGAUUUGACUUGGGGUCACCUUUCACCACAGAGACCCGUUUAGCUUACCUCCAAGGACCCCCUCCUCCUCUAAAAUCCAAUGUUCCUAAAACUAUUCAAGAAGUAGAACGGGUGGAUUAGGGGUUCCUCCUUUCUCAAUUUGCCUGAGAAUGGUUAUCGUAGUUCCCCCAACUCCAAAGGGGUUUCCUCUACCCUGCUUCUGAUACUCCAGAGCUUUCCCCAACCAUCCAACGCUCCUAGCCAGACCCAGUACUCAUCACUACUCCCCAACCCUCAUCCCUGCCCCCAUUUCACAAGGAGGUUGGCGUGUUUGGCCUAAGGAACUCUAUCCCUCCCUCCCAUUCUCUCCUUCAAAUCUACCCUCUUGUACCCGUGCUUUUCAAAUGAAAUCCAUGCUCUCUGCUGGCCUCUCACUUUGUUGUCUUGUGGUUCAUUAUUAAACAAAUGGGAGGCAGGACACUGGGUAGGAGAGGUAUGUGAACCUAUCUUCAAGUAUUUGGAGAAGUGUUAAAGAGGUAAAAUUGCCUUUUCUUGAUCGCAAAGAACAGAACUAGAUGCAACAUAUUACAAGGUAAAGAGAGGCAGCUCUCACCUUGAUAAAUGGCUAAUACAAGUGGUUCCAAAGCAGAAUGCCCUCCCCACCAAUCCCCACUGUGAUGUUCAAGCAGAAACUGAAUGAUGUCUGGUUGGAAACCUUGGUGAGUACAGAAGAGGAAUUCCUACUUGGACACAGACUGGAUGAAAUGAAGUCCUUCCUUGCUCUGAGGUUGUGAGAUGGCAUCCCCAGGGAGCUCAUUUUUCCCUGAAGGGAUGGUUCCCCUCUGGCUCCCACCUCCCUACCAUGUUCAGAGAAAGUUCUAGGCUAAAGGUGCAGCUAAGCCAGUGUGUGUGGGUGGUGGUGGUGGUGGUGAAGUGGAAUAGUGGCAAUGGGCCCUCCCUUGCCUGGCAGAAGAUGGAAGAUGGUGCCACCACCACCCGUAUGACCUUGGAUGAGUCAUUUUACCCCUUACGCAUUUUUAGUUUCUCCAUCUUUAAUAAGGUAUUAGUGGUAGGCCUCCAUCAGUCCCAGACGACCAUGGAUCAGCACC